GCGAGCCCGACUCGUCCCGGGCCCCGGAGGACGCGGCGGGGGCCACGGCGGAGGCGGCGAAAAAAGAGUUUGAUGUGGACACCCUCAGUAAAUCAGAGCUGCGGAUGCUCCUGAGCGUGAUGGAAGGGGAGCUGGAAGCCCGAGACCUUGUCAUUGAGGCCCUGCGGGCUCGCAGGAAGGAGGUAUUUAUCCAGGAGCGGUAUGGGAGAUUUAAUCUAAAUGACCCAUUCUUGGCACUCCAGAGAGACUAUGAAGCAGGUGCUGGUGACAAAGACAAGAAGCCCGUUUGUACCAACCCCCUCUCCAUCCUAGAAGCAGUCAUGGACCACUGCAGAAAAAUGCAAGAAAGGAUGUCCGCACAGCUGGCUGCCGCUGAGAGCAGACAAAAGAAGCUGGAGAUGGAAAAGCUUCAGCUCCAAGCCCUUGAGCAAGAGCACAAGAAGCUGGCCGCCCGCCUGGAGGAGGAACGUGGCAAGAACAAGCAGGUGGUCCUGAUGCUGGUGAAGGAGUGCAAACAGCUCUCGGGCAAGGUCAUCGAGGAGGCUCAGAAGCUGGAGGAGGUCAUGGGCAAGCUGGAUGAGGAGAAGAAAAAGACAAAUGAAUUAGAAGAGGAGCUCUCUGCUGAGAAACGGAGAAGCACAGAGAUGGAGGCGCAGAUGGAAAAACAGUUCUCUGAAUUUGAUACCGAGCGGGAGCAGCUUCGUGCCAAGCUGAACCGAGAAGAAGCCCACACCACUGACCUCAAAGAGGAGAUCGACAAGAUGAAGAAGAUGAUCGAGCAACUGAAAAGGGGAAAUGACAGCAAGCCGAGCCUCUCUCUCCCACGGAAGACAAAAGAUAGGCGCUCGGUUUCCAUCUCUGUGGCCACCGAAGGACCUAUGACCAGAUCGGUUGCUUGCCAGACAGACCUAGUGACAGAAGGCACUGAACACGUGAAGAAGUUGCCUUUGACUGUACCUGUAAAACCUUCCACAGGGAGCCCCCUAGGUUCCACAAAUGCAAAAGGGAGUGUGUGCGCCAAUGCUACACUGGCCAGACCGGGUAUUGACAGGCAGGCUUCCCACGGUGACUUGACCAUCUCCUCUGUCCCCACUGCCCCACCUCCAAGUGCAAACAGAAUUGAAGAAAAUGGACCGAGCACUGGCUCAACGUCAGAUCUAAGCAGUAGCACACCCCCACUGCCCAACAGUGUUGCCCCUCCCAGUGCUCAAACACCAGGCAUGGCUCCCCAGAACUCCUCGCAAGCUCCACCUAUGCACAGUUUCCAUUCACCAUGUGCCAACGCGUCUUUGCAUCCAGGUCUAAACCCACGAAUCCAAGCAGCUAGAUUCAGAUUUCAGGGCAAUGCCAAUGACCCAGACCAAAAUGGAAAUACUACCCAAAGUCCCCCGUCAAGAGAUGUCUCUCCCACAAGUCGUGACAACCUAGUGGCCAAACAGCUAGCUCGGAAUACUGUGACCCAGGCACUGUCAAGAUUUACAAGCCCUCAAGCAAGUGCUCCCCCAAGGCCUGGAGUGCCCCCCACAGGGGAUGCUGGCACCUGCCCUCCAGUCGGUCGGACCGGUUUAAAGACUCCUGGUGCAGCACGAGUUGACAGAGGAAAUCCUCCUCCUAUCCCUCCAAAAAAGCCAGGGCUCUCCCAAACUCCUUCUCCACCACACCCCCAACUCAAGGUUAUUAUGGAUAGCAGCAGGGCCUCAAGUGCAGGGGCCAAAGUUGAUAACAAAACUGUGGCUUCACCUUCGUCCAGUUUGCCACAAGGGAACAGGGUAAUAAACGAGGAGAACCCCCCUAAAUCAUCCUCCCCUCAGCUGCCACCAAAACCAUCCAUAGAUUUAACUGUGGCACCUGCGGGCUGUGCCGUUUCAGCCCUGGCCACGUCUCAGGUGGGUGCCUGGCCUGCUGAAACCCCUGGACUGAACCAACCUGCAUGUUCAGACAGUUCCCUUGUCAGCCUUACCACCAUUGCCUUUUGCUCUUCCAUAAACCCCGUUAGUGCCUCAUCCUGUAGACCAGGUGCCUCAGACAGCCUCCUGGUAACAGCAUCAGGCUGGUCACCCUCCCUAACCCCUUUGCUAAUGAGUGGUGGUCCUGCCCCCCUGGCUGGCAGGCCCACCCUUCUUCAGCAAGCUGCUGCCCAGGGAAAUGUCACUUUAUUAUCAAUGCUGCUUAAUGAAGAAGGACUGGACAUUAAUUACUCCUGUGAAGAUGGCCAUUCUGCCUUGUAUUCUGCUGCUAAGAAUGGACAUACAGACUGUGUGAGAUUGCUGCUGAAUGCAGAAGCCCAAGUCAAUGCUGCUGAUAAAAAUGGCUUCACACCCUUGUGUGCUGCAGCUGCUCAGGGACAUUUCGAGUGUGUAGAAUUAUUAAUUGCAUAUGAUGCUAACAUUAAUCAUGCUGCUGAUGAAGGACAGACACCUCUAUACCUGGCCUGUAAAAAUGGAAAUAAAGAAUGUAUUAAACUAUUGUUGGAAGCUGGAACUGACCGAAGUGUAAAAACCAGAGAUGGCUGGACACCAAUUCACGCAGCUGUGGACACUGGUAAUGUGGACAGCCUCAAGCUUCUCAUGUACCAUAGAGCACCAGCUUGUACAAACUCUUUGAAUGAGGAAGAACCUGAGUCCGACAUCUAUGAUUUGGAUAGAGGAGAAGAGAGUCCUGAAAGCACAUCCACACCUGUUCUUCCCGCAGACCUCAUUAACUAUGCCAACAGAGAAGGCUGGACUGCUGCCCACAUUGCUGCUUCCAAAGGUUUUAAGAACUGCCUAGAAAUCUUGUGUAGACAUGGAGGGCUCGAGCCAGAAAGGAGAGACAAGUGCAAUCGGACUGUGCAUGAUGCUGCCACUGAUGACUGCAAGCAUUUGCUGGAGAAUCUGAAUGCUCUUAAAAUACCCUUAAGGAUUUCAGUGGGUGAGAUUCAACCAAGCAACUAUAGUUCCAAUGACUUUGAAUGCGAAAACACAAUAUGUGCUUUAAAUAUCCGCAAACAGACAUCAUGGGAUGAUUUUUCAAAAGCAGUGAGUCAAGCUCUGACAAAUCAUUUCCAGGCAAUCUCUUCUGAUGGAUGGUGGCAUCUGGAAGACGUGACUUUUAAUAACACCACUGACUUCAAUAUCGGCCUUGGUGCAGGGAGUGUACGAUCCAUCAUGCUAGGAAAUGUGCCAUGGUCAACCGGUCAGAGCUUCACCCAGUCCCCGUGGGACUUCAUGAGGAAGCAUAAGGCAGAGCAGGUCACGGUGCUUUUGUCAGGUCCUCAAGAAGGCUGCCUCAGUAGUGUGACUUAUGCAUCCAUGAUCCCUCUUCAGUUGCUGCAGAACUACCUCAGGCUGCACAGACAAAUGGCUGCAGGAUUCUCCUGUGAAAUAGUGAGAGCUGAAGUAGAUGCUGGUUUUUCCAAGGAGCAGCUACUAGACCUGUUCAUCCAUAGUGCUUGUCUGAUCCCAGUGAAACAAUCUCCUGUGAAGAAGAAAAUCAUCAUCAUCCUAGAGAACUUGGAAAAAUCUUCAUUGUCUGAGUUAUUGGGGGACUUUCUGGCACCUCUUGAAAGUCGCAGCACUGAAAGCCCAUGUACUUUCCAGAAAGGCACUGGAAUGUCUGACUGCUACUACUUUCAUGAGAACUGCUUUCUGAUGGGAACCAUCGCCAAGGCCUGCCUUCAGGGCUCCGACCUGCUGGUACAGCAACACUUUCGCUGGGUACAGCUGCGGUGGGACAGUGAGCCCAUGCAAGGACUGUUGCAGAGGUGCUUAAGAAGGAAGGUUGUGAAUAAGUUCAGAGGCCAGGUGCCCUCACCCUGCGAUCCUGUAUGCAAAACCGUCGACUGGGCUUUGUCCGUCUGGCGUCAGCUCAACUCCUGCCUGACCCGCCUGGGCACACCUGAAGCACUUCUUGGGCCAAAGUAUUUCCUGUCUUGUCCUGUAGUCCCAGGACAUGCCCAAGCGACAGUGAGGUGGAUGUCCAAGCUGUGGAAUGCCGUCAUUGCCCCCAGAGUUCAACAAGCAAUAUUGUCAAGGGCCUCUGUGAAAAGACAGCCUGGCCCCGGGCAGACAACUGCGAAAAAACACCCUAGCCAAGGACAGCAGGCUGUGGUCAAAGCUGCUCUCAGCAUCUUGCUUAAUAAAGCUGUGCUGCAUGGCUGUCCCCUCCCCAGAGCAGAACUAGACCAGCACAUAGCCGAUUUCAAAGGAGGAAGUUUCCCUUUAUCCAUAGUUUCAAGUUACAACAGUUGCAGCAAGAAGAAGGGAGAGAGUAGUGCCUGGAGAAAGGUGAACACCAGUCCUCGAAGGAAGUUCAGCCAUUUCUCUUCACUCACCUGGAGCAGGCCAGACCUGAGCACCGAAGGUAUAAAAAAUAAGACUAUUUCACAGCUGAAUUGUAACAGGAGCACUUCUCUGUCAAAACAAAAGUCUUUAGAGAAUGAUCUAUCACUGACGUUGAAUUUGGAUCAGAGACUCUCUCUGGGUUCCGAUGAUGAAGCAGAUCUUGUCAAGGAACUUCAGAGCAUGUGCUCCAGUAAAUCAGAGUCAGAUAUAAGCAAGAUUGCUGAUUCCAGGGAUGAUUUAAGGAUGUUUGAAAGUUCAGGAAACAACCCUGUAUUUUCAGCAACUGUUAAUAAUCUGAAAAUGCCAGUGUCACAAAAGGAGGUCAGUCCUCUCAGCAGCCAUCAAACUACGGAAUGCAGCAACAGUAAAUCAAAGACUGAGUCGGGGGUUUCAAGAGUUAAAUCUUUUCUUCCUGUUCCUAGAAGUAAAGUCUCCCAGUGUUCCCAGAACACCAAAAGAAGCAGCAGCAGCAGUAAUACAAGGCAAAUAGAAAUAAACAACAACUCAAAAGAAGAGAAUUGGAACUUACACAAAAAUGAACAAGUAGAAAAACCUAAUAAAUAGGCCUGCCUACAAUAUUCUCACUAUUAACUUCUGUAUAUUUCAUACAGAAACCAAGGACAACAAGAUAUAAAUACCUUUAAAUAAAAUGUUUUCACUGUAAUAUAAAUUAUGAGUGCGGGACCACUAUUCAAUUUUUUGUAAAGAAUGUAUUUAUAACCAACAUUUUUUUGCUUUUUUUUUUUUUUUAAUCUGUAGUGUUGAACUUCAAUACCAAGAAGUUAUGCCAACUUUUCAAGUAGUUUUGUAAUAGAUAAAUUGAAAUAGUUUUAAUCAAGAUGUUCAGGGGUAUUAAAAACAAUCGUCUGUGUACUGUAUAUCUAUAUAUAUGUACAUAUGUAUGUAUAUUUAAGGAAGUCCACAAACCAUAUUGCAUAUCACAUGUUACAAAAUGUGUACAACAUUGGCUUAGAUAACAUAUACCAUUUUAAAUGAAGAUCAUAAUUUUAUGUUUACUUGAUGGGGAAUGACUAGAAUAGGGCAAUAACAAAUCAUUUCUAAACAGUUAUUUUCCAUUAAAAGCCAUAUUAAGUAUUUUGCCUGUUAAAUUCUAGUUUUAUGUUUUAAAUCUUUUAGUGGUUACAUUGCCAUUUGGUUGCAUCAUGUAUAUAUUUAUGCUUAUGAGUUUGCAUUAUGACUCCUGUAAAAUAUGAAAUUAUAAUGCAAUAAAAGUGUUAUCUUUCUUACAAAAGUUUUGUACCUAAGUGAAUAUUUUAAAAAAACCUGCAUAAAUGCUUCAAUAAAUUAAUUCAGAGCUAACUCCCUCUUCAAUAUUAUUUCUAGUAGUACAACUGCAAAUAAAAUUGAUAACAUUAUUUUCUAGAAAUGUUUCUUCUAAAAUUAUUGAUGAAAUUACUUAUACAACUCACAGUUAAGAUGCUUUGACACCAAAUAAAAUACUGAUUUAGUGAAA